AUGGAUGAGAGGAAUGAUGUUGACAACGAUGAAGAUGUGAUGUUGCCUGGUUUUCGAUUUCAUCCAACAGAUGAGGAGCUUGUCGGAUUUUAUCUCAAGAGCAAGAUUCAGCAGAGACCUUUGCCCAUUGAGCUGAUUAAGCAAGUAGACAUAUAUAAAUUUGAACCCUGGGAUCUCCCAAACUUAGCAGCUUCAGGGGAGAAAGAGUGGUAUUUCUACUGCCCAAGAGACCGUAAAUACAGAAAUAGUGCGAGGCCUAACAGAGUGACAGGAGCCGGAUUUUGGAAGGCAACUGGAACAGACAGGCCUAUUUACUCUUCUGAUGGCACCGAGUGUAUUGGUUUGAAGAAGUCCCUUGUGUUCUAUAGAGGAAGAGCUGCCAAAGGGAUUAAAACAGAUUGGAUGAUGCAUGAAUUUCGGCUACCUUCACUCUCGGACUCAACACCACCAAAGAAGCUCUUAGACAAAAGCCUUCCUGCAAAUGAUGCAUGGGCUAUUUGUAGGAUAUUCAAAAAGACCAAUUCCAUAGCUCAAAGAGCUCUUUCUCACUCUUGGAUAUCCUCAUUUCCAGAGACUGCAGCAUCUGAUAUAAUCUACCAAGGUGCACCUUGCACUCAGUUCAAUUCAGAGAACAUUUCUUGCACAACCGAAAUUGGAUCAGCAAUACAGUUAUGCAGCAAUGGUGAGCUAAAAGAAGGCUCCACUGCCAGCUUUUUUGCUCUAGAUAUUCCCUCUUAUAAGUCAUUCAAUACUACAGUCCAAAGACCAUCUCCAUUUCCUGCUUCCAAUGGAGACCUUCACAACAACUGCAUGUUUUCACAGCUUGACAUGACUGGAUCCCCCAAGUGUACAGUUGAUGCUGCUUCCAUCCUACUGAGCCCACACUUGAUCACUGAUGUUACCAAGGCGUCUGAGAGUAUAGAUUUCGGAGGGCAACAACAGCAAUACAGUGGCUUCUUAAUCAGCUGGCCCCAAGAUAUGCAAGGCAAUGCAGGUGUAGGAGAAAAUGAAGAGGGCACAAGGAAUGCAACCCCAGAAGAUAACCAUUGGGGGACUAUCCAAUCAAUGGGGUUUCCUUUCAGCUUAUCUCCAAAUGUGCCAGAUUCAUGGAAGCCUAAUCUACCAUGGGAUUCACCUCAAUGUCCAAGUGAGAUUUCCACUACUUAUUCAACUAACAAAUGCCAUACUUAA